AUGACCAAUAACCUACCCAAUUCGCCUCCACAGAUCAGCAAUGACGGUAUCAAGAGAAUACCGCUGGCCAUUGAUCCCAAUUUCAUGAAUAAAACCUCAUCUGCAUCGCCAACCAAUGAAUCUGACGCCAACGACAAAAUCCAAAAUGGGUCCAACCAAAAGGCCCCAAGUGGUCAAUCAUUGGUGAAUAAUCCAUAUGAGAUGUUUGGGAGUAUGCCUUUAGAUCAAUUGAUUCCUGUAAUUUUGCAAAGUCGUGGAAUUGGCAGUAAAUUUGCUGACCUGUCAGAAAGUGCCCUUAGUGAAGAGAUAGCGAACGAAGCUGGAGAUGUAAAAAGCGUCAAAAACUUAGAUGAGGACGUCGUAAUGGAAUCCUCUGACUUUCCAGCAGAAAAUGAUCAAGAAAUUUUGAAGCCUCAGCAAAUUGAGGGUCCAGUCACAAGGGAAGUGGAGGAUCAAAUGACUCAAGAACAAUUUCAGCUACUCAAAAAUUCAACCGUCCAAUCGCUCAAUUUGUCGCUUAAUGAGUCUUCAUUAGCUCUUGAAUUUGUUUCCUUGCUACUGUCCUCGGUACGUCCCUCAGCAGCCAAUGCAUCUAUGUCCCCAUUUCUCAAAAAUGCAGUGCCGGCCGCAUCUCUGAAUGCCGAAAAGAUUCAAUAUGAAAAGGCAACGGACUCUGAGAUCACUGAAAAGAAACUGACAACCAGAGGCUGGAAGCUUAGAAGCUUGGAAGAAUCUCGAGUGCUUUUAAAAGACACUCACAAGGCAUUGGAAGCUAGCUUGAGAAUAGAACAUAAUUACUGGUCCAAGAUUUCAGAUUAUACUUCAAAGAGGGACGUCAUAUUUAAGAUGAAAGAUCAAGAAACAGGCGAGAAGUCUCUUGGAUUGAAAUACGGUUAUGAAGACUCAGGAUCAACUUACAAACAGGAACGAGGGAUUGCAAUAUUGAGGUAUAACGUUCUCAAAGAUGCUCUAGAAGCUAUACCAGCAGAAAAACAGCAGUUUGAAUCCAUGAAUAAUGGUCCCUUUGAGAAAUUCAUGCGUGUGCGCAUUUUCACUAGAAUACAGGAAGAGGACGAUUACAUUUUGAGUGGUGAAACAGCGUUAGAUGACUUAUUGGUUGCUGCCAAUAACGCAGGUGCGGAGUACGAUAUCAGGCGCCAAAUUUCUAAGUUGCAGUUCCUAAUAUUUGAGAAAGAACUAAUGUAUCAUCUGAAAAAAGAGUCAGAAACCCUGAUAUCUUACGGCGUAACGCUUGAAAACGAAAACAAGAUUACCGUUGAAUUUCCGACGGAGAAGAUAGAAUUUGAAAUGAUGAACCUAACGGAUGAAGUAAUCUUAAAUCAUCAACAAGAUGCGCCCAAGACUAAUGAUAGAAAGGCAGCUCUCAUUCUAAUCAUGUUGCGGAUGCUAUUGGUGGUUAUGUUCAAGAAGCAAAUCAGAAAGAAGCUUCUAAUGGUAGCACACUCAAAAGCCGCAGCUCCAUUCGAGAGUGAGGUCUUGCUACUGCGGCCGAUAAUGGGCAAGUUUAGACACGAAAAUUACUUGAGCCUGUUGCAUAAAGUAAUUAAAGCUUACGUCUUGGAUGUGGUAGAGAAUUCCAAAAUGACUGAAGUCCCUACAAAUUACCCCCAGAAAAGUGCAUCGGCUCUACGUGAAACCUAUGAUAAGCACAUUAUGAAACUUGACGAAGAAAUAGGACUGUUCGAUAAGAUCUUGCAACUGCCACGAAUUGAUCUCAAAGUCGAGCUCCCCAAUUCAGGAAGAAUUGAGUUUGGCCUAGAAAGCUCCAACUAUUGCAACGCUACGACCAGCGUGAAGUAUGUUGACGGUUCAGAAGCAACAAUCUUUGACACAAGAUUUUCGAACUUCAAAGAACUCGAAGAUUUCUUACAUUUCAUUGUUAGCGAAUAUGUGACAGAGGGCAAAGAGCAAGACCUGAACAUGGAAUGA